AUGUCGGAAGCCCCGGGCCCGGCUGCCGGCGGAUCCAGGGGGGGACGUGGCUGCAGUGCGCUGCCCUCCGCCCGCCGGGCCCCCGGUCGGUCUGUCUUGCUGGUCCGUCCUCCCCGCGUCCUGGUCGCGUCUCAGCCCCUCCGCGCUUUCCGCACACUCUUAUCUGGAGCGGCCCGAACCGGCAGACGCUGCCGCGGCCAUGGCGCCACCUCGCGGCCGCGCGGGGACUGUCGGCGGCGCCGGCCGGGCUGCGGGAGGCAAGCCGGCACUGGUGCGACGCGGCCCGACAGAGCGGUGACUCAGCCUAGAUGGCCCCGACUGACUGAGCCAGGGCGCCCACGACAGACAGACGCAAACCUCGGCCCUGCGGCUCUCUCGGGACCCCCGUCCCGCGUGCUGCCCGCAUGCCCCUUCCCUGUCCUGUCCCGUCCCGUCCCAUCGGACUGUCCCACUGAGCUCAGGACUUCCCGCCUCUGCAAGUGGAGCUGUCCUCUCAGGACCAGGAGGGGGCGGGGCUUCGAUCAGGCCGCCCCGCCCUACCCCCCCACCGCUCCCCACCGCCGGAAAUGCCUCCCCGCUGGGACAUCUUUGACGUCACAGGACUCUGACGUCACGGUCGCGUGUCUGUCCGCGCGCGCUUGGGCGGAGGAGGGGGGCCUGAGAAGCAGCAGCACUCUGAACUGCGGGCGACGGGAUAUCCCCGCCCGGGCAGCGCGCCGGCACCUUGGCUCUAGACUGCUUACUGCCCGGGCCGCCCUCAGUAACAGUCUCCAGUCACGGCCACCGACGCCUGGCCCCGCCCCAGGACCGCCGACCCCCAGCCCCUCCGCUCCUCCUUGCGCCGCUGUCCGCGGUGCUGAUGCAGUGCAAGCGCCUCCCUCGGGCACGCCUGUCCAAGGUCCCCGUGGGUUGCGGUGGGUGCUGGCCCCGCAGACACUCAAGCCACCCCCGCCGCCCGCGGUGCUGACGUCAGCCUUCAAGCCCCGCCCCCGCGUCUCCAGGGCAACCGUGGCUUUCGAUUGUUACUGUGGGAACCGGAGGUAACAGUCUACAGCCAUGGUCGCCCCGCAGCACGCCCACGCUCCCCACCACUCCCGAGUUCUGCCAGCCUGGGUUUAGGCAGAUACAGAGCAAGAGGAGGCGGGGCGGCGACGCAACAUCCGAUGAGUCUGCGGAGGUGGCAAGAGGUGUGCUCAGAGAGGCGGUCUUUCAGGCUGCUGCGCAUCUACCUCGGGCGCAAAAGCAAGAUCUACGGAGUGUCUGAACAUCCUCCUCAGUGACUGUCCUUUCUUCCCAGUCGAGGUAUCGCUGCCUAAGGUGGCGAGAAAAUGGGUGGUUCUGCGAUAAGGAUUCUUAUCUCAUGAAUAGUGAACCUAUGGGAUCAAGAGUCCUGUGAGAAGGAAGAAGUCACUUUUGCCCGCAGAGAGCUGAAGGGAGAGAAGGAAGUUUUAUCACACCUUUCUCCCAGAAAACCCUAGGUGAGCAGGCAGAGGAGAAAGGGCAAAAAAUCCCUUUCCUGAUAGAGCCAUAACUCUGUCCCCAAACUUUCUCCUGAGCCAUCAUUAAAAGGGUCCUUAACACAGCAAGAAGCUGGCAGGCUAGUAAAGUUCACCUGGUUCCUAGUGCAUUGUCUGAAGGUAUCAGCCAGCAGUCUUUCCUCAACUGGUCUCUAAUGCAUCCCAACUUGAGAUCUUCAAACGUGCCCCCAAUAGGAGUACCACCACAGAGGCUGCACGUAAAUACUCUGUGGCUAGGGCGGUUGAGAGACUCUCUCUGAUGGGGUACUGUCUUCCAUAGAGCUUUAGAAAUCCUGAAUGUAAUGAAGAUGCAGAAAACAAAUAGCAGGGAUAAUUUGAAAAGAGGACAAACCUUUUGCAGAUGGAACCCAUCAGAAGAUGUGAUUAGAAGGUUGACUAUAUAAUGCUUUGAGUGUUCGUUGUCCUAAAAAACAUUUAGUGUAAACCAUGCCUUCCUCCCCGACUUUACACAUUAGAAAACAGAAGCCCAGGUUGGGCAUUUAGCCUAUAGAGAGUGGUCGUUUUUGCUUGCUCUUUACCAAACAGCAGACAGAGAGACCAACCAAAACCAGGAGCUGCAGUGUAUACCUGAAGUCCCAGUUGCUCAGGAGCCUGGACAAUAAAUAUGAGACUCCUGUCUCAAAACAAGGGGGGAGGGUAGUGGUGGUGAUGACAACAGGCAAGAAUUGGGGCUUUUGGGUCUGAAUCAUCCAAUUUUGAGUAAGGUACUUAGCCUUUCCGUGCCUGUUUCCUCAAUUGUAAAACUCAGUUUUUAGGUUAAUGACAGCAUUUAGACAAUGGGGGGCAGGGGUGCUCGGCAUAGAUCUCUGAAUUACAGUCUGUGCUUAGCAUGCCUAAGGUCCUGGGUUUGAUCCCGGCACCAAAAAUAAAUGAAUUAGGCUAUGGUGAGACAUGGUUUGAAUACCAGAUCUUCAGAGACAGAGAUAAGUGGAUUCCUGUGAGUUCAAGGAUAGCCAGAACUAUCGUGAGACCCUGUCUCAAAAAUCAGUUAGAUGACAGGCUUCUAUUUGUCUCAUUGUCUGGUAUAGUUAAUUCUCAAUAAACGUUAUUUCUACCUUUGGACCUUAUCUGCCUGGGCUGUACAUAAAUGUUAAGAGCACUGAUUCCUCGGGGGGGGGGGG